AUGGUUCGUAAGACCACCAAGUCCAGCACGCCGUUCGUGGCUUUGACUCCAAAGGACGUGGACUCGAUUAUGCUAGCCACGUCGAGCAGUGUCAAAGACAAGAAGGUGGAUCCACGCAAAAUCGUAGGCACCGUCCACAUCAAGAAGUACUUGGCGGAUGCGAAGAUCAACGGCAAGAUCGAAACGUGGAUUUCCAUCAUCAAGAAGCUUAACGCUGUUCCUCUUGAGGGCGAGUCGCCCGAGGAGCUCUCCGCCGAAGAGGAGGAAGCCCUUGAGGAGUGCAAACGGUUGACGAAGGCGUACCUCUAA